AGGCUCCGCCCCGCCGCUGCCGCUGUCCGCACGCCGGUGCUGAUCCACGUAGAGGCCGCUCGUCGCCUCGGAGCGCUUCCGCGGCCGGAGAGAAGAUAGAGGCACCGAAAGCCCGCAGCCUGGUUGAAGGGCCAGGGCCGCGCCAAGUCCGGCCGAGUCCGGCCCGCGAUGCCUCUCGAAGCCGGCACGCUCGCCGCCACCGUGAAGCAGCCAGGCCCCGGGGCCGCCGAGCUCUGAGGCUGCGCUCUUACCAUGGCCGCCCCGGGAAGACCGGGCCGGGGCUCCCUGCACCGCGCGCUCCGCGGGCUGCUGCUGCUUUACCUCUGGCUGCCGGGCGGCCGGGCCGCGGAGCCCGCCCCUCCGCCGUCCGGAGUGGAUAGGCUGCUUCAGGACUUUCGGCGGCAGCUGCAGCGGGCACGGCCUCGCGAGGAGCUGGAGCCGGAGCUGCUGGGCGGCCCGCGGGAGGAUUGCCCGGGUGCUGGCGGUACGGCGGUCUACCGGGCGGUGCCCGAUACCAUCAUCCGCACCCAGGACUCCAUCGCGGCGGGAGCCAGCUUCCUGCGCGCACCCGGGACCGUGCGGGGCUGGCGGCAGUGCGUGGCGGCCUGCUGCUCCGAGCCGAGCUGCUCGGUGGCGGUGGUGCAGCUGCCCCGGGGGCCCAGCGUGCCUGCACCCAUGCCCGCGCCCCGCUGCUACCUGUUCAACUGUACCGCGCGCGGCCGCAGCGUCUGCAAGUUCGCGCCGCUCCGCGGGUAUCGCACUUAUACCCUCAGUCGUGCGGGGGAUGCCGCCGGGAUCUCGCUCGGGCCGGAUGAGGACGAGCCUCCAGUUAGCAAGGCUGGAAAGGAUGUGAUUUUACAUCUGCCCACAGACAGGGUAGUUCUAGACGGCCGAGAAAGUACAGAUGACCACGCCAUUGUCCUUUAUGAGUGGACACUGCAGCAGGGUGACCCGUCGUCGGUGGACAUGAAGGUGCCUCAGCCUGGAACCCUGAAGCUGUCCCGCCUGAAGGAAGGAGCUUACAUCUUCCAGCUGACCGUGACUGACUCCGUGGGUCAGAGAAGCUCUGACAAUGUGUCUGUGACCGUGCUUCCCAGGCUCUACUCCACAGAAGGAUGCUCCAGUGCUUGCUCGCGCUACCAUUUCUUCUGUGACAGUGGCUGCUGCAUUGACAUCGCCUUGGCUUGUGACGGCAUGAGGCAGUGUCCAGACGGGUCUGACGAAGACUUCUGUCAAAACUUGCCUCUUGACCGCAAGUUGGUGACACACACAGUGGCUACUUCUGCCCAGCCAGGAGCCCAGGCAGCAGCCACAAGAUUAAAUGAAGGUGAAGGAGACCCCUGGUUGGAAAAAUCCCAGAGAACCACUACCCACAACCAAACAGCUACUGUAUCCCACCCAGAGAAGAGGAUCCACUCCACCCAGAGGGCGCCAGAGAGUCAGAUCAAUCCUGUCCAGCCAGACAGUAAUUCCUCAGGAAAGAACCAAGAAGGAAAUUACGAUCUCAAGUCCAAGAGUGGCCAAGCACGAGGGGAGCACCCAGCCCCGGAAGCAGGUGCGGUGCUACCCCUGGCAUUAGGUCUGACCAUCACUGCAUUGUUACUUCUCAUGGUGACAUGCCGACUCCAACUGGUGAAGCAGAAACUUAAGAAAGCCCGUCCCAUUACAUCUGAGGAAUCUGACUACCUCAUCAAUGGGAUGUAUCUGUAACAACGUUAUUUAAGCAGCUGGGGGCAAGGAUGGGUAUCACUUACAAUCUGUUCUUUGGGUUCUAUCAAUUAAGACUUUCUUUUUUAAAAAAAAAAAAACUGUGCUAAAAGACACUGCAAACACAAGCCUUGACUUAUCAUGAAAUUGUUUCCCUGGGAUGUACAAUGUCUUGUAAGGUAGAGAGGAAUUCAUGAGAUUGAAGCUUGUUUGCUGAGACAGAAAGUCAGCAUGUCACGAGGUGUGACAGAUGGAAGUCCUGCCUUUCAUUUGUGAGGUGCCAACUGCUGGCCCCUAGCAGCUUCCCUUGUCCUCUGGCCCUCUUCUCCACUGAGUUCUCAUGAGCUCCACUUUCUUUUCCUCUGCCAAAUACCUCUGAGAAGGGAUCUUAAGUGAAUUUACACUCAGUGAGAUGUUACCAGUGACAGGUCUGUCUAUGUUAUAAGCAUUCUGAAUAGAUCAGUGAUGUCCCAAAGGAGAAUAAUAUGUAUUUUUACCCCAUCCCACCUCUGACAUCAGACCAUGGUGGUAGCUGCCAUAUCUGGCUGACCUUGGAAGAAUCCCUUUUGGUUAGGGGCAGCUGUAGGUGGCUGCCAGCUGAGGAGAGGAUCCAGCAGGCGAAAGCAAAUAGAAUCUCAGCCGAGGGAUAUGUGAGGACAAUCUUCUCAGUGCUGUUUCAUGGUGUGGAGCAGCAUGGCUGCUUUAUAUAUGCACUGGUUUUCAACAUGAGCCUUUCUGAUGAAAAUGUGCAAAUUAUCAAUCCAAACAGUGAUGUCUGGGUGUUUGUAAAAAUGUCGCCAUGUCCAGGUAUCACAGGCUUUCCAAUGGAAUGAGCCAGCGUGUGUCUUGCAGGGCUGGAGGUGGAACCCAGGAGCCUGUUUGUGCUAGGCAAAUGCUCUACCACUGAUCUAUACCCCUGCCCUCACCGUUCUUUCUGUUAUUAAAAUGUUAUAAUGUACAAUCAGCUAAUGUCAGGAUGUAUUUCCAGAGCAGAAAGCACUUUUGCACAAAUUCCCCUUUGCAGGAAACUAGCAUUUAGCUUAACGUAAGUUUGUAGACAGAAAAGGCAGAUUUUCCCAUCGACACUCAGUGUACACUCUGAGGGAACUGCAUGGUGUGGUGCCCGUGUAUAAUCACGAUGUUCUACUUUCUUUAACCUAAGUGGCAAACAUUACAAAACACUGAAAAACACUGUAGUCUCAUUAGUUUACACUCAAUGUAAAGUAGGUGGUUCCUUUAACAAGGGGUUUGAUUUUGGCGAGGGAAUAUAACCUAUUGAAAUGAAUUAAUAAAUAAAAGGGUAGUUCUAGAAAAACAUGUUUGCUUUUGUCUCUUGCUGACUGUUUAGAGCUGAGCACUGGUGUAAAUGUUACAGUGGCAGUCUGAGAGAUGAACGGUGAGUGAACUUGCCUGCACUCUGCGAUGCUGGUGGCUCAUUUUCAUAGAGGUCACCUAGAGCCAUACCCAGUAAAUAGAAACUGAUAAGGCAUGUUUCUUUCUGCACAUCUUUUAUAUACAAAGAGAUUAACAACAAUCUAGUGUUGCUAUUGUUUUUGAAGUACUUGAGAAAAGAUGCCUUGUAUGUAUCAGUCCUUUAAUAAACUAUUUUAUUCUUA